GAUAAAUAUUAUGAGGAGUACAUGUAUUCAUACUCCGAGGACAUAGACGGAUGGCUGAACCUUUUUUAAUAUCGUAUCCUAGUGUCGUUGAUCUUGUAUUUGGCUUUGCCAUCUUGAUGGCAUAUAUUAUAUAAUAGCCCCAGCAUCAGCUAUGAAAACAGUAGAGCUAUAUCAUCACACGAUCUUCCUGUAGAUCUGCCUUCCUCUUCCCAGGCUCAUAUCUGCUGCAUCCAUGGCCUUCCUUGUGCCCCUGGCUCUUGUGGCUCUACUUGUAGUUGCCAUCACAUGGCUAUGGGAUUACACCAUCAUGCGCCUCGUAUGGAGGCCUUACACCAUAGCCAAGGAGUUCGGAGAACAAGGGAUCCAUGGACCUCCCUACAAGUUCAUCAAAGGCUGCAACGAGAACAUCAAGAUCAUGAAGGAGGAGGAGGACAGUCUUGUGUUGGAUGUUCACGACCACAACUACCUAUCAAGGAUUGCACCGCACUACGUCAAAUGGAGGGCUCAGUACGGAGAACCAUUUCUAUACUGGUUUGGGCCAAAGCCUCGCAUUUGUAUCUUCGACUAUGAUUUGGCAAGGCAAGUUCUGUCAAGCAAGUCAGGACAUUUCGAGAAGAAUGAUGCACCCCCGACUCUGGUGGCUGCGAUCGGCAAGGGACUCGCGUUGUUGGACGGCUUAGAUUGGGUGCGUCAUCGUAGGGUAAUCAACCCUGCUUUUGCCAUGGAUAGGCUCAAGAUGAUGACAGAAACAAUGUUGGCUUGUGCUCAAAGCAUGGUCAAGGAGAUGGAAAAUCAAGCAUCCCAAAACAAGAAUGGAGAAAUAGAAGUGGAUUUCAACAAAGAGUUCAGAGAACUAACAGCUGAUGUUAUAUCGCACACUGUCUUUGGAAGAAGUCACAAGUUAGGAAAGGAAGUCUUCCAGACACAACAUGACCUGGUGGCAAUCAACAUGGCAAGUCUCCUUGAUGUGCAGAUACCAGGAUUGAAGUAUCUUCCUACUGAAAGGAAUAAGCUCAAAUGGAUGCUUGAAAAGAAACUUAGGAGCUCACUUCUGCAAAUCAUACAACCACGAUUAGCUUCUACCAGUAGUGACUGUGGAAAUGAUCUGCUCGGUCUGAUGCUUGACACUUGCAUGGCAGCCAAGCAAGGAGGGAAGGAAGGGGGUCCCAGCUUGAGCAUCGAUGAGAUUAUACAUGAAUGCAAAAUGUUCUUCUUUGCUGGUCAUGACACCACAUCACUUCUGCUAACUUGGACAGUGUUCUUGCUCAGUGUAUACCCAGAAUGGCAAGAAAGGCUCCGGAAGGAGGUUUUGAGGGAAUUGGGAAGGGAAUAUCCCAGCGCCGAUGCCCUUAGCAAAUUGAAAGAGAUGACAAUGGUGCUCCUCGAGACCUUGCGGCUCUACUGCCCUCCUCUUUUCAUGCAAAGAAAGACCGUAACUGAUAUGACAGUGGGAGCAAUAAAACUGCCCAAAGGCACAGCAAUUGUCAUACCUAUUCCAAUUAUGCACCGAGACAAGGAGGUUUGGGGUGACAAUGCAAAUGAAUUCAAUCCAUUAAGAUUUCAGAAUGGGAUCACAAGAGCAGCAAAGGUUCCACACGCCCUACUAGCAUUUUCAAUAGGACCAAGAUCAUGCAUCGGUCAGAACUUUGCGAUGUUGGAAGCGAAGUUGGCACUGGUCCUGAUGCUCCAGAAGUUCUCGUUCACUAUUUCCCCUAAAUAUGUGCAUGCGCCCGUGGAUCUGUUUAUGCUGAAACCUAAGUUUGGUCUUCCUGUAAUUCUGAGGCGGCUGGAUGUAUGCAACUAGACUAUUUGGCAUGUAACAAUGGCAUACAUCCGAGAAUUUGUGAACCUGAGUUGUUUAUGAUGAUAUGUGGUGUAUUGUAUCAGUGAAUCUAUACAUGCAAAAUAAAGUGUAUAUAUAGUGGAGUAUUUUGAUUAACA